UGUUCGGAGCACCAGUUAAAUCUGCUAAACACAGUCCCACCAGUUCAGCUCACUAGCUAUCGCUGUCCUCCAUUAUCGCCCCCUUUGCAAAAGCUUGGCAUACUCCACUCCACACUCUCUUAUAUCUCAGUCUCAGCCACCAGAAGAUCUUCUGUUAUCUUCUCUCUCUCUCUCUCUCUCUCUCUCUCUCGUGCAUGAACCAUGGCUCUUCUGCUGGAGAACUCGUGUGACAGCGUACUGCUAUCCUUGGAAUCCCAGAAGUCCAUACCUGCGCCGUUCCUGACCAAGACCUACCAGCUGGUGGACGACCCGCCGACGGACCACAUCGUCUCGUGGGGAGACGAUGGCACCACCUUCGUCGUCUGGCGGCCCCCCGAGUUCGCUCGCGAUCUCCUCCCCAGCUACUUCAAGCACAACAACUUCUCCAGCUUCGUUCGGCAGCUCAAUACCUAUGGUUUCAGAAAGAUCGUACCAGACAGAUGGGAGUUUGCCAACGAGCUCUUCAGGAAAGGAGAGAAGCACCUGCUCUGUGAGAUCCACCGGAGGAAAUCUCCGCAGCCCCAACAAGUGCCCAUCAACCACCAGUAUCCACCGUCCCCAAUCGGCGGAUGUGGCGGCUAUUUUCCCUUCGUUGGUGGCCGAGUCAGCUGCAUCUCUCCUCCCGACUCGGACGAGUUGGCCUGGUGUGACUCGUCCCCACUGAUCAAUAAUCCUAAUGUUUCUAUGGUCGACAACUUUGUUAGCUACAACAACAGCCCAUCACCAUCGACAUCGUCUGUUGUGGCGGCUCUCGUCAAGGACAAUGAGAGGCUGAGAAGAAGCAAUGACAUGCUCGCGUCUGAGCUCGCUCACAUGAGGAAGCUGUACAACGACAUCAUCUACUUCGUGCAGAAUCAUGUGAAGCCGGUCGAACCGAGUAAUUCUGCCAUUUCGAACCAGGCUUUCGGGCACUUUCCUUCGAUGAACGGACUUCAAAACCACGUUCCUCAAGUUGGUAAUAAUAUUGUGGAUUCUCCCACCAACACUUCACAGAGCUCCGUCACGAUUCUCGAUGAGGAAGACGGGACUAAUUGCAGUAGCAGCAAGAUGAAGCUAUUCGGAGUGCCUCUCCGGUCGAAGAAGCGAUUGCAUCCCGAUAAGUACACUCCAUCGAAGAUCUCGGAGACUAAUAAUAACAAGGCUCGUUUGGUGUUGGAGAAUGAUGAGUUGAGGUUGAAUCUCAUGCCUCCUUCCACAUUUCCAAGUUAUUAGUAUUUUGUUAUCCCCCCUGUAGCGAGUAGACUACUCAAUGAAUGCGGGUAUGGGUGCUAAUGCAUUUGCUAUUUGUACAGAAGAUUAUUGCUGGUAUCAUGUUGUUCCACUAGCUGAGAUUGAAAAACAUGAGUCUGUUUUUCUCGUCCUUCUU